UUUAUCAUAAGUACACCACAAUUUUCGUGCUAUAUACAUUUUAAAGAAAAUUGUUGCAAUGAGUGGUCUUCAAGAAACUUUGUGCAGGCUUUGUCGUACAAUUAUAACCGAUAAAAGUUUUGAAGUAAUAGACAACGCUACUAGAGACAUUCUACAUGUGCUUUUGUUAAAAUUGAAACUGGAUGGUGAAAGCAAGGAGGUUAUAUGUAAUGCUUGCAGAAGAAAAUUACAUGCAGCAUUAGAAUUUAAGUCAACAUGUUUAAAUAACGACAAUACAAUUAUUCCAAAUAUGGAUAGCGAACAAAUGUUACAGCUUCAUAUAAGAGAAGUGUACACGAAGGAGAAGGGAAGCGAGUCGAUGGAUAUUUCAGAUAGUCAGAAAAUAUGUCGAUUGUGUAUGCAACCAAAGAGUGAGUUUAAGUGCAUAAGUGAAGAGGAACACGAAGCUAUUCAGAAAUUGAUUCCUGAAAUGGAUAUAAAUAUCAUCAAAGAACCUGUUGUGUGUAAGCCAUGCUUUGAUUCUCUGUGUACCCACAACCUCUUCUUAAGAGAAGUAGAGGAAAAAAUUAAAUGUAGUUUCGAUAGUCCAGCCAUAGAUAUUCGAAUAGAUAAGCCGCCAACUGAUUUAUUCUUUAAGACUGAAGACUUGGACAGUAAAUUCGAUAUUAACGAGAUGGAAAUGUCGAUCAAAACUGAAUGUGUGAACAUAAAAGAUGAAGAUGAGGAAACAAGAGACACGCUACUGCAAACUUCCGAUUAUGAACCAUCCGAGAAUAAUGACUGGAGAGAUGCAGACGAGGAAGGAUGUAAACAUGAGAAUGGAUCAGAAACGAAAAUCAAGCAGGAGCUCAAAGCAUUGUACAAAUGUGCCAAAUGCAUUUACAAAACUGGAAGCGAGAGACGCUUCACAGUACACUGUGAGAGGCACGAGAAAGAUUUGGAAGUGUACAAGCGCGAAAGGUGCGAUUAUGAAAAUGGAAAUAAGAAAUUACUUCAAAGUCACAAGAUGAGGCAUAAAGAUCCAUCACAUGUUCAAAUGUACAGGUGUAACGAAUGCGAUUACGAAAGUAAAUACAAAGCUAGUGUUCAAAGACACCAACUGGUACAUAAAGAUCCUUCGCAGGUCAAAAUGUACAAGUGUAACGACUGCAAUCACGAAACUAAACACAGACGUAAUAUGAAAAAACACCAACUGACGCAUAAAGAUCCUUCGCAGGUCAAAAUGUACAAGUGUAAUGACUGCAAAUAUGAAACUAAAUACAAGGCAAAUUUUAAAAACCACGAACUACAGCAUAAAGAUCCUUCGCAGGUUCAAACGUACAGUUGUAAUGACUGCAAUUACAAAACUAAUGUCAUCGCUUAUAUCAAACAGCACCAACUGAAACAUAAAGAUCCUUCGCAGGUCAAAAUGUACAAGUGUAACGACUGCGAUUAUAAAACCAGUUAUAUCAGUUCUUUAAAACAGCACGAACUGAAACACAAAGAUUCUUCAGAGGUUGAAAUGUACAUGUGUAAUGACUGCAAUUGGAAAAGUAAAUACAAGGGUAUUAUCAAACGGCAUCAGCUGAAACAUAAAGAUCCUUCUCAAGUUCAAAUAUAUAAGUGUAACGAAUGCAAUUACGAAACUAUAUACAGGGGUUAUAUCAAAAAGCACCAACUGAGACAUAAAGAUCUUUCAGCGAUAUACCAGUGUCACAACUGCGAUUACAAAACUAUAAACAAAAAUGCUAUGAAACAGCAUCGACUGAAACAUAAACAUCCUUCGCAAGUUCAAAUGUACGGAUGUAAUGACUGCAAUUACAAAACUAAAUACAAGAGUAAUAUCAAACAGCACCAACUGACACAUAAAGAUCCUUCGCAGGUUCAAAUGUACAAGUGUAAUGACUGCGAUUACGAAACGAAAUAUAAAAAAGAUAUUAAAAGUCACGUGUUGAAACAUAAGAGGCCUUCACAAGUUUAGGUGUAGUGUUUGUGAUUAUGAAUCGAUGUACAAGCUUAAUUUUACUCAUCAUCUUUUGAGGCGCAAAUAUACAUCACUGGUUUAAACUUACAGGUGUACAGAACUAAAUAUAAGUAUGCUAUCAAACUGCACCAACUGAAGCAUAAAGAUCUUUACAAUUUCGAAACUAAAUACUGGGGUUAUUAUCACGUGUUGGAAUAUAGAGAGCCUUCUUAAAUGCAAAUGUACCACUGAUCUGCUAUCAACCAGGUGUAAAGAUUCUUGAAGAGACCUCAAUUGUUGCACGGAAAAAGUGAAUUACCAUCCACCAAAAUACAAAAUACGGUCAAAAAAUGGAAGCAUUUAAGAGUGACAAGGCCAGCCUUGAAAAACAUGGGUUGAAAGCCGACAAGUGAUUUUAGACUAGCAUUUGUAGAAAUUGGUAAUAUGGAAAGUCCGCACUUUUCCUAUUUCUCACAAUGUGACAGUUUGCUGAUUGACAAAUGGUUUAUAAUUUCAACAAAUUAUAUUAUUUUUAUUUUUACUUGUAUAUUUUUUUGUUACGUAAAAUCAUUAAUGACUAAUAUUCUCACCAACCCAGUAGUAGCCCAGGGGAGAAGAAAUUUUUGUAAUUCCAGUUUGAAUUUAUUUUGUGAAUUUAUAUUUUUUAAAUAUUUUGUUAAUUUAUUACCGUAUAGACAUACGGUGAAUACCAUUAAAACACAUAGUUGUCCUACA